UUUUUACUUACUUUCAAUAUAUUUAUUUGUGGACAACAUUCCACAGCAAACGUCAAUCGAAGGGGCAUCGAUCCACAAAUGGACUGUAACACUUUUGGUAGCGGAGGAUUGACGUUCCCUUUUAUUCAAUGUUUUAACUGAUGGAGUACAGAAAACGUCAAAAAUAUAUACGAUUACACGUGUUUAUAUUGGGAUAUUUGGCUUACAAUAAUAAAUAAAUUCGUUUCGAAAAAUUAAACAAUUUGUGAUUGCCAAAGAUUAAAAAAAUAUGGGUCGUACAAACCGUUCGCGCAAGCGUCGCGAUGAAAUGAAUAAAAUCAAGAAAGCGCGUUACGAAGCAAAGGAACUAAUUCGUUUAAAGAAAACAUUGGGUCUUAUAGACGCUGAAGGAAAUGAAGUUAUGAAAGAUAUGUCGGAAGUAGCCACAGUAAAAACAGCAAAAGAACUAAAACACGAGAAGAAAUCUCGUGAAGAACAGGAAUUGGAACACGAGAUGGAGGAGCGACGAGAGCCAGGUAAAAAUUUUACAGAAGUUAACGAGAAUACUGGAAAAGUCCAUGUUUAUAAUAGUAAAACUAUGAAAGAUCAGCACGGUUCAUAUCCGCCAUGGUAUAAACCAAAGAAAACAGCCAAACGUAUACGAAAGAAGGCCCACGCUAUGAAAAAACGUUUUAAGCAGACUUGGACAACUGCGAAUGUUCCCUUGUAAAUUAAUUGUUUUUUUCUAGUUCAUAGAGUAUGGUAUAAUAUAUAUAUAUAUGUAUUUUUAAUUUCACAGAAAGUAUGUAUUUUUGGAUAUAUAGAACAUUUUUUAAUAUAAUAAAACGAAGUUUUUAGAAAUAAAUUACAUAUUAAAUCCCCUGUGAAAGCUUGAA